AUGACUCCACACACUGAAGAAAAGAGCAGCAGUUCGGAAACAGACAACGGCAGUUCCAUAGAUAAUAGCUAUAUUAGACCUGUAGUAAUGGGCAUAUCUGGAAAGAAGAGAUUGGCCUGCACAAACUGCAGAAAGAGAAGAAAGAAGUGUGACCUUGCUUAUCCGUGUAGCAGUUGCUCACGACUGAAAAUAGAAUGUAACGUUAAUGAAGAAGAUUUAAGAAAGAAAAGAUAUACAUCUGGAUAUGUUAAGUCGUUGGAGACUCAUAUUGCAUCGUUAGAGACAAAUCUAAAAAAAUUGGUUGAGAAAGUAUAUCCUGAUAAUGAACAAAUGUUACGCAGCAUGAUGGUAAAUGAUGUAUUAUCGGGGGAUAUUACAAAUGAAUCAUCAAACGACAGUAUCAAAAUCAAUGGUAAUGGAAGGUCUAUUUCUUCUCUCGUACCAACAGGAAUUCAUGGGGAUUCACAGCCACAUCAGCGUCAACAUAUGCUACCCAAAAUAGAAAAAAAAACUAUAACGUUACCUUCACUUGUCGAUAUGAAAACCUCGUUACCACCCUUACUUUUUCCAAAUGGUAAUAAUAGUAAUGUAGAUAGUAUAAGAAGAAAACCACUAGUGAAAGGUAGUUUCUAUCCAGAGGGACCUGUAACUUACAGACCAACAAAACCAAUAUCUGUAUCGUCUUUAACGUCAGUCAAUUCUCUUGCAUCGUCUGAUGGUUCAGUAUCGUCACAUUCACGAGAUAUUGAAGAAACCAGUCAAAGAAACCAACAACGUAUAUCUGAUUUGAAGACUACGGUAAUUAAGAGACCUUCGGAUCCGACGCAUGCUAAUCUGGUUAAUAAUGAUCCAAUGAUUCUAAAGGCUCUUUCCAAAUUUUAUAGAUGGCUGUAUCCAGGUCAUUUUAUAUUCGUUCACAGAGAGAGUUUUCUAUACGGGUUCUUCAAUGAUGCUAAAGAUAACUAUGCUAGCUCUCAUUAUUGUUCCAUUGAAUUGAUAUACGCUAUGUGCGCAGUAGGUUGCAGGUUGGCCCCAGAAUUGCGAAAUAUGUCAGAAGUAUACUACGAGAAGAGUAAAUCCAUGCUGCUGGCAUUAGUUUUUGAUGAAAACAGUAUUGCACGUAUAACUACAGUACAAGCAUUAUUUUGUUUGGCGUUUUACGAAUUAGGUAAAGGCCAAAACCAACAAGCAUGGUAUUUUUCAGGUCUUGCUAUUAGAGUUGGUUAUGAUAUGGGAUUCCAAUUAGAUCCAAAAGUCUGGUAUACAGACGACGCAAAGGGUCAGUUAACAACUAGUGAGCUUGAAAUUCGUUCUCGUAUCUACUGGGGUUGUUAUAUUGCAGAUCAUUUUAUCUCAUUAAUGCUUGGUAGAACUGCUUCAUUAAGUGUUAGUAAUUCUACGAUCCCUGAAUCUAACGAACUACCUGAGGUAGUUGGUACAGAAGAGUUUAGAUUUGUUGGUAAGCAUGUUUUACAAGUGUCGUUGCCCUUAAAGAAUCUUAUUAUUCUAUCAAGAAUUGUUCAAAUUUUCACGAGUAAGAUAUUUAUAGAGAGUGAUGACACUAAUUCUAAGAUUAAAUAUUUGAAUAAAUUUAAUACACAGGUUUACAACUGGAGGCAAUCUUUACCGGAAUUUUUGCAAUGGUCACAAGAACUUAUUAAGGAUCCAGAUGUUUCAAUUGACCCUACUAUUUCAUAUUUUUGGUAUUAUUAUUAUAUUGUAAGGUUAACUUUUAAUAAACCAUUCAUAGAAGAUUCCUUAGAGUCCAAGACAGUAGUGAUUGAAAUCAUUGCUGAUCUAAAGACAUUGUUCGACAAUUUCAAUAAUAAAUUUGAUAAUUUCGAACGGUCUACUUUAUUCCAACUGUAUGCAUGUCUUUUGGUAAUUAAUUGUCUAAAGAAGUUACUGGAGUUGAAGGACGAUAAAAGUGAAGCUAUGCAUAAUACUUGGACAAAACUAGCAGAUUAUUUCAGUGAUAUUUUUUUUAACAAGAUGUAUCCAGAGUAUUUACUUCCAAAGAAACUGUAUGGGGCAGAAAUGGACACUGAAACCCCGUUGGAUGCACAAGUAGUCAACCAAGUUAAUACAAACUAUACCCACGAUUUCUCCUUAAGUAAUGAGAUCGAUGAUCUGAUUAAGGACUUUUUCGACGUAGCAUACAAUCCUGCCAACCCAUUAGUUUAA